GGUUUGCACCCCCUUCAAGGCUGAGUGAGGAGAGGUCCGGCAAAAGGAGGAGGGAGGAGGUGGAGGUGGAGGCUCCCUACACCAUCUCAUCCCAGCGGCUUGGACACACUGGUGCGCUCCUGCAGAGAGGACGCUUCACUUGGCUCCUCGGUGCGGAUCUCGAUUGUUACAUUGUUCUCCUUUUUUUUUGGGGUGGGGGGGGAGAACAUGUGAGUCAUUUCUCUACCCGACGUGACGGUGCACCUUGUGUAUAAUAGAGAACCAUGAGCACUGUGGAGGAGGAACCGGAUCACAUGAUACCAUGAAGACAAGCCUGCAGGUCCUGCGCUGCCAGCUGCUGAGUGUUCUAGCAUUCCUAGCACUGCCAGUAGGACUGGUGUCAUCAGCACAGGAGCUGUACCUCGGCCAGACGUCCCAGGACUCUGUCUCCAUGGCAGCCGCCCACAUCAGCCCCCUUUCUGCCACCAAACCGAACAUCAUCCUCCCUACUGUCGCCCUCCACCCUUCGGCCUUGCUUCGCCCAGCCCAGACUUCCAGCCCGGCUCAUGGCGACCCUCCCGUUCACGACACAAGCACUGUGAGCACUGAAAGUCACGUGAAUCGGCCCCUGGACCUGAGCUCUGAUGUUGUAAACAUGGGCAAAUUGGUCGGGGUAACUCAAGUCCAUAACCCAGAUACUGUCCGCACUAACCAGGCCAGCAGCAGCAGCAGCAUCCGUAAAUCUCCUGAUACAACAAUCAUCCCAAACAACAGCUCUGCACCCAACGAGUCCACCACCGAGGGUGUUGUUGAUCAAGGUAAUGGCACGGACAAUGCCCCUCUGGGACACGGGUUGGGGAAUGUGACAGCAUCCGGAGGGCUGCUCUCUAAUAGCAGCUCGGCCGAGGAGGCGCCGGCUCAGGGGAACAGCUCGGAGUCCGCCUCCACCGCCUCCACCGGCAGUGGGAACUUCCUGAACAGGCAGGUGCCAGCUACCACCGAGGACCCCUGGACGCCCGGAAACAGCUCAGGCCCCACCGUCGACCCCCCGCUGUCCCGCAUGACCAUCUGCUUUAGCCGGAUGGACAUCGUGUGGAUCGUGCUGGCCAUCAGUGUGCCUGUGUCCUCAUGCUCUGUGCUCUUGACUGUGUGCUGCAUGAGGAGGAAGAAGAAGUCAUCGAGUCAGGAGAACAACCUCAGCUACUGGAACAACGCCAUCACCAUGGACUACUUCAGCAGGCACGCUGUGGAGCUGCCCAGAGAGAUACACACUCUGGAGAGUGAGGAUCAGGACAGCUGUCUACCCCCGAACGGAGACUACAGCGGCAGCAGCGUGGUCCUGGUUAACCCUUUCUGCCAGGAGACGCUCUUCAUCAACAGAGACAAAGCUUCUGCCAUCUAGAGACAGAAAAAAAGAGAGAGACACUGUCGGAUUCUCCUCUUCAACUCCCCCUGCUGUUGUUGUCUAUUUUGUAAAUGUGCUAAAUAUUCAGAGACUUUGACUUUAUACUGUAUAUGACAAACACAAAGAGGCAACCUGAGAGAGGAGUGAUGUGAACAGACACUCUUUAAGGAUGCACCUGCAUAUUUUUCUGAUGUACAUUUUCUACAAAAAGGCUUAAUUGUGAUAAAAAAAGGUUUUUAUUGUCUUUAUAAAAUACAGAUUAUAUGUGGUUUUGUUUCAUGACAGUGGCUUGAUGGUGACUGCACUGUGGAUGUUGCCACAUGAAAUCUGCUUUAGAGAGAGAAACGUGCUAUGAUAACAUUAAAGCUGGUCGUUUUAUUUUUUCCUUUAAAAUCAAUCCUAAAAUACUUAUAGCCUGUUGAACUUGAAUAUAGCACCUACGUUAUUGGGGGGGGAAACAGUGAACCUGUACGUGAGAUCAGGGCCCAAAUUUAUCAAAAUGAGAGACACAUUUAAGAAUGAUUAAAAAAAGCAAACUUAGGAGUAAAAAAGUUAUUCUAAAAUUAAAGACACAUUUAUCAAGCAACUUUCAGCAAAGUAACCUUUAAGAUCAGCUCUCAAGUGAUCACAUGAUUAAUCACACGAAAGCUGGAAUACUGCACAUCUGCCCCAUUUUUCAUUCUGUUCACUCUUUUUUAUAAUCCUUUCAUUUGACUGUACAUUUUUAUUGAAAUUAACAACAAAAUAUAUUUAUAGUAUGUUAGAUAAAUACUUUGCAUUUGUAGAAAAAAACCACAAUACAACAGCAGAAUAGAGCAUAUAUAUAUAUUAGCAUUGGUUUUGUAUAUAUAUAUAUAUAUACAAAACCAAUGCUAACUUUUUCUUGUUUUGCAUCCAUGAUACCUCUAAAUGUAUUUCAAAUUUAAGAGAAUUGUAAUGAUAAAUAGCUUUUGAUCUUAUGUUUGCAAGUAUAAAUGAAGGAUAACUCCAAAAUUUAACUUUGAUAAAUAUGGGCCCAGAUUUCGAUGAUGAUUCUUGCAGGUUAUUUGGGUGAUGUGGCGUCUGCAUUUGGCAGCUUUGAAAGAUGUCAGUAAAAAGACUUAAAGUGGCUUUCCCCCUCAUGUGUCACCAGCUUCUCUUUAGAGGGACCACAUAGAUGUCUUAAUUCCUUACGUUCAGCAUAAGUUAUAUAUUCAUCAGUAUUUGCGUGCUUGAAGGCCCUGUUUGUGCAUGUAAGCAUACUGUGAGAGUGGACGAAUGAGUUCAAAUGUGAUGCCCCCCCUUUAACAAAAUAUCACUGUUACUUUAAGUCAAACAAGACUUUGUAUCACUUUUAGCUCAGUUUUAUCUGUUUCUCUGUGAGUGUCUGUGUCUGUCUGUGUGUCUCUUGUCCGUAACGUGGAGUGGCUACUGGUUUUAGCCCAGUUUGAGAAAGAGUUUCUCAGCGCUGUAGGAAACACUUAGACCAACCUUGCUACUGUAAAUGUCUCCCCCUCCAUAAACAAUGUGUUUGUCCAUCAACGCAAACUGUGUUUGUUGAAUGAUUGUGAAUUAGUUGCUGGACCAGGUAUUAUGUGUUAGAGGCUGUCAAAAAUCUUGACCAAUUGAAACACUGAGAUAAAUAAUGUAUGCUGAAUAUUUACUGUGAGCACAUACAGAGGCAGUUUAAUUAAAAAAGAGUGAAUAUUUUGUUUAAUUAUUAAACCUGUGGUCCUUCUGUCAUCUGUUUUUAUUUUGCAUCGCUGCAGUUUUAUUCAAUAAUCAAUGCUGCCUGCCUCUAACGUCGCUAAAGAUUUUUCUGCAUUGUGCGAUGUUUAUCUGAAUUCACUGAUUCAAAAGGUGAUGUCGGAUAACACAAUUAAACAUAUUGAUAUUUCCUGCAUUGGAUGCUCACAGCUGGGCUUCUUGUUUUGCACGCUCAAAAGUGGAUAUUUUACAAAACGUUCAGUGGCACGAUGGAGCAGUGUUCAACAUUAUGUAUUUUUUGUACUGUAGUAUACACUGUACUUUUUACUG